GUUUCAUUAUUUAAAUGUUUUUUUUUAUUAAAUGAAAUAUUAAUAAAGUGUUUUUUUAAAAUGUAGAUGGCAGGAGGCCGGGGGAAAAGUCUUAUGAGUCAAGUUGCCGGUAAAGGCAAGAGCUUAAUGAAAGCCUUGAGCGGAAAGGGUGACAAUCCGGAAGAUCCCGAUCGCAUUGGAGACCGAGAUGUCCUUGCUUCCGCCCGUAGAAGAAAGCAGUUAGCUCGAGAAGCAGCGUUACAGCGGGAAGAUGAGAGAUUGAGACGAGAAGCUGUUGCAGCUGGAGCCGGACCCUGUCGACCUACACACGAUCUCCAGCUAGCUCGUAGUACAUUGCCACAUGCCGACGAUGAUGAUGACCACAACAACAAUCCAGAUAAUAUGUAUACUGACGAGGAGGUGGAGGAAGAUGAUGUACAUCAGGAUCGUAAAGCUGGUCGUGCCUUACCCUUUCCGCAGCUGCCUGGUCCGGCGUACUUGGAGGGUCCGUGCGCGGGAGGGCCGCAAAAUUUAGAGUUUAUGCGAUGGUUCAAGUCGCAUAUAGCGAUGUACAUUUGGGAAGGAUAUGAGCGCCGUGAAACUACACGGUGCGAGUCGAGGACCAAAGCACUUGAGGACUACCGCGGCCCGCAGGAUAACACGAUGAUUGCGAGGCUGGAGGCAACAGAUCUUUACCACUUACGAGACUGUUUUCUGAAGAAGAUGAACAAGAACCUCAUGCUAGCUUUCGUGGAGAGGUGGCAGCCGGAGACGAACAGUUUCCACAUGCCAUGGGGCGAGAUGACGAUCACGCUCCACGAUGUCGCUUUCAUCCUGGGGUUGCGGCUGGACGGACCAGCAGUGUCUGAAAUUCGCCCGGUAGAAGAGUGCUCACAGAGUCUUGCAUCUGUAUUGGGUCUCGGUCUGAUGGACACCAAUGACAUGUUUCGAAACAAGGGAGUUGGUUGGGUUAAGGUGAGAGAUCAGUUGACCCUUCCCUCCGCCACAGACGAGAAGAAGAUGAAGGGCUACUUGAUGUUUCUGCUUGGGUCUGUUUUGUUUGUAGACAAAACAGCGUGUAACAUGAAGCCGUGGUGGAUCCAUUUUACCAACGAUCUCGAUAAUGUCGGCAAGUAUUCGUGGGCUUCGGCAUGCUUAGCAAACAUGUACCGCCAAUUGGGUAUUGCCACCCGCGCUGGGAUGAACAGUCUCUGUGGAUGUGUUAUUCUCCUUCUGUGCUGGAUCUUUGAGCAUUUCCCCUGCUUUCGACCACCUCUUUCCCGUUCAUAUGCCGAGUUUGAGCCUCGAUGCAGAAGGUGGGCCCAUGGUGGAGGCAAUAAAACCACGCUGCAGGAAUACCGGAAAAUACUCGACGCCAUGACCGAAAGAGAUGUGAGUAAUAAUUUUUCUAAUUAUGUCUAUAGUAGAGUUACGGAUUUUUCUAAUUAGUUUAAAAUAUGCUUAGGUUUGUUGGACCCGUAAAUAGUCGGCCGCAUUUUUUUGGGACAUGUAAUCUUUGUUUGAUAACUUCUCGAACUCAUCGAGAAGAAC